UUUGAGGGAAGUAGUGCCGGUAGGUUUGGCAGAUCACCUUGAGCUGGAGAUCCGGAGUGCAUCAGUCAGUCAGUCAUUCAAGGCCGACCGUCAGCGAGAGCAGGAUAUUACCAGUCUCCUCCACGAUGUCCCAAGCUAAAGCUCAGGAUAUGGGCUCUGCCUUCAUCCAGACGCAGCAGCUCAAUGCUGCCAUGGCUGACACUUUCCUGGAGCACAUGUGUCUGCUGGACAUCGACUCCGAGCCCACCAUCGCCCGCAACACUGGAAUCAUCUGCACCAUCGGACCGGCUUCCCGCUCAGUGGACACGCUGAAGGAGAUGAUCAAGUCUGGCAUGAACAUCGCUCGCAUGAACUUCUCUCACGGCUCACACGAGUAUCAUGGAGAGACCAUUAAAAAUGUACGUGAAGCUUGUGCCAGCUUCGAGCCGGGCAGCAUCCAGUACAGGCCAGUGGGCAUCGCCCUCGACACCAAAGGACCAGAAAUCCGAACUGGACUUAUUAAAGGGAGUGGCACAGCUGAGGUGGAGCUGAAGAAGGGAAAUAAGAUCAAGGUGACCUUAGACGACUCCUUCAUGGAGAACUGUGAUGAAGAUACCCUCUGGCUGGACUAUAAGAACAUCACCAAGGUGGUGGAGGUGGGCAGUAAAGUCUACAUUGAUGACGGACUCAUUUCUCUCCAGGUGCUGCAGAUUGGGUCUGACUAUCUAAUGUGUGAGAUUGAGAAUGGAGGAUCUCUGGGCAGUAAGAAGGGUGUGAAUCUGCCGGGAGCUGCAGUAGAUCUGCCUGCGGUGUCAGAGAAGGACAUCAAGGAUCUGCAGUUCGGUGUGGAGAUGGGAGUCGACAUGAUCUUCGCCUCCUUCAUCCGCAAGGCUGCUGAUGUGCAGGCAGUCCGGAAAGUGUUGGGAGAAAAGGGCAAAAACAUCAAGAUCAUCAGCAAGCUGGAAAAUCAUGAGGGAGUGCGCAGGUUUGAUGAGAUUAUGGAGGCCAGCGACGGCAUCAUGGUGGCUCGUGGUGAUCUGGGAAUUGAAAUCCCCACAGAAAAGGUGUUUCUGGCUCAGAAGAUGAUGAUUGGUCGUUGCAACAAGGCAGGAAAGCCAAUCAUCUGUGCCACACAGAUGUUGGAGAGCAUGAUCAAGAAGCCUCGUCCUACACGUGCAGAGGGCAGUGAUGUGGCCAAUGCAGUUCUGGACGGAGCCGACUGCAUCAUGCUGAGUGGAGAAACUGCUAAAGGAGAUUAUCCUCUGGAGGCCGUCCGCACACAGCACAUGAUCGCUCGGGAGGCAGAGGCGGCCAUGUUUCAUCGGCAGGUGUUUGAGGACCUGCGGCGCUGUUUGCCUCUCUCCACCGACCCCGCCGAGGCCAUCGCCAUCGGGGCAGUGGAGGCCUCCUUUAAAAUCCUGUCCUCUGCGUUUAUAGUGCUCACUGGGUCCGGCAGGUCUGCUCAUCUGAUCUCUCGGUAUCGUCCUCGCGCUCCAAUCCUAGCAGUGACGCGUAACGAACAGACGGCCCGACAGGCUCAUCUUUAUCGUGGUAUUUUCCCCAUAUUCUACAACAGCCCAUCUAAUGACGUGUGGGCCGAGGAUGUGGACCUGAGGGUCAACUUCGCCAUGGAUGUCGGUAAAGCUCGUGGAUUUUUCAAGGCUGGUGAUGUGGUGAUCGUUCUGACCGGCUGGCGUCCUGGCUCCGGAUACACCAACACCAUGCGUGUCGUCCCAGUGCCGUAAAACUGUAAAAACCCCUCUGCUGGUCAUACAUCACUCCUACAUGCAUCACACAAGCCCCACUCCAGCAGAAAACACAAGGCCAGUGGACCACCACGUCAUCCUCUCCCCUGAUUGCUCAGUUGAUCAUCAGAGUCUCUCCUGAUUGGUCGGUGCAUCAUAAGUCUUGCCUGAUUGGUCAGUGGAUCAUCAUCCUCCCUCCUGAUUGGUCGGUGUACUAUCAUCUUCUCAUUUGAUUGGUUGUUCUCACUUUUUUUUUUUUUCUUCAUCCAUAAUCUCCUGUUUUUCUCUCACACACACAUGACACCUGAGCUGUCUGCAAGGUGAAGCGCAGAGACGGGUGGCGAAUGCUCAAUCAGCUCCUAUAAUGGUUAUAUUAGUAGUGUUUGUCUGUCUGUGUGCUUUUAUUUGUUCACACUCCUGACGAUGUUACAUUGUGUGUUUGCACUUGACCCCGAAAGCGUUCUAGAUAUAUUUUCUGAAAUGUUUGGAUGUCUCGCGUCUGCCUCAUUUCAGCUGUGGAGUAAAGGAGGGGUGAAUAUUAAUCACAUUCCCAGCAUCCUCUGCUGUUUAACCCCGUCUCUGCUGCUCGUGUGUGUGUGUGUUUGAUUGAAUGAGUGUGUGUUUAGAUCUACCUGCUUUGUGUCGCUAGAGUGCCAGAUGUACUAAUAACUAUAAGAGUAAUCUAACGUCUCAUUCUGAAGUGUUGUAUUAUUGGAGACUGAAUUAAUAAAGGAGACGAGCACUUG